AUGAAGGUUCACCUCUAUCUUACAUUUGAUGGCAACUGUUCUCGGGCGUUUGACCACUACAAGGAAGUUUUUGGGACUGAUAUCGAGUGCAAGAUGACUUGGGGGGAUAAUCCACACAAGAACAAGUCCAAGGUUGCUCUCAGUGAGGAGAAGGCCAAUCAGAUCAUGCACAUGUCGAUGCACCUCACGAAGAGUUUCGAGCUCAUGGGCUGUGACACCCCGCCGGAAGGAUCCUGUUGUGGCGAGGGUAUGGGACAUGAGAAGUUUGUUGUUGGAAACAACAUGCAGAUCAACCUCGAACCUGACUCCAAGGCUCACGCGGACAAGCUCAUUGUGGCCCUCGCUUCCAAAGGCGGCAAGGUCAUGAAUCCAAUGGAAGAAGCCUUCUGGGGCUCCUACUUUGGAAUGUGCAAGGACCCGUUUGGUGUCACUUGGAUGUUGAACUGCCCUCUGGAAGCCAACAAGGACGAGAAGAAAGAGGAGGACUAG